GACGUUUGUGUUAUCUGUCCCUGUUCAAGAGAAUCGACAUGACUGGCGCUUGAACGGAAUGUCAGAUUAGUUUUCAUUUGGACGCAAUCCUCAUUCCUCGUUGCUCGUCGCGCACACAGCUGGGCGAUAGCACAAUUUCCAAACUGAUAUUAACCAUCUUUUAUUAGAUUCCCAAUCAGGCUUUUCUUUAUAAGACAGUUUACACAUACUGAAACAAAGUGGAUUUAACAGUGGCUACGUGGUUUACCCGCACUCCAAGAUGCUUCUGGUCUCCCAGCGGCUAGACUCACCUCGCAUGGACCCAUUACUGCUAGGAUCCCUGAAGAGGAAAUUGACUGGGGCCGUCGAGAGUUCUGCAUCACUAAACGGGGUCUCUGACACGUCUAUGACCCAGGGAGGUGGCAAACGUCUAUGUCUGGAAGAUGUCACCCUGGCCAUGGGCCCCAGCUACCCUCAGCCCCCAUUCCCUUCUGGGAUGGACAACCAGGGGGGUGUUCUGGAAGCUAAUCGACUGAAUAGCAACAACAACAAUUUGGGGUCUCCAUAUUCCGUACCCCCAAAUGCUAGUCCUGGAUCAACGCCAGGGACCGGGGGAAGCUCAGGGGGCUUGACAAGUAACUUCAACCCAAAUGGGAGUUCGGCCACUCCUUCAGUGGAACAAGAACUGCAGGACAUUUUGGAUGAACUUACAAAGAACCCUGAUCCCUCUUUACCUGAGCUUGACAUUGAGAAGAUCUUAGGAAAAGAAAGUGAUGACCAGGCAAGUAGUGCUGGAGGUUUUGUCCACCUGGAGGGUAAUGGUGCCCCCAAAAGGUCUCCACAGAGACAGUCACACCUGGAGGCCCACCUCACUCAGUCCCCUGGUUUCUCUCAAGCUGGGUCCCCUCAAGUGGGUCCAAGUCCUGCUGGGGCACCAUAUACUCUACCACACCCUUCCAAAACAGUUCCGUCUCCACUCUCAGCAUCACCCCUGUCCUCCUCCUCUUCACAAGGGCAAAAUCAAGCACGAUCACCCAUGCUUUCUGCCGCCUUAUCAAGCCGGGCUGGAUCCAACUGGCAUGAGGUGUCCCGGGCCCAACAGCUUCAGCAGAUGGCAUCGAAUAGUAAGCAUCAUUCCAACAACAGUGCAGGUCCCCCAUCUGCACAGUCGGGGUUGUCUGGAUUGGGCCAACAGAGUACUUCUUGGGCUGGUCCCUCUCCACCUUACCGACCAGGGGAUAAACUGCCUAACUCAUCGCCUCAUCAGCAGCCCUUCAGCCCAGCAGGUAAUAUUCAGAGCCCCCAGAGUUCUCUAAUCUCUAGCAUGGCUCCAGCCCCAUCCACCGGUCCUUCACCACCAUACAGGCCAGAAAAGCUAGCCAGCCCAGCAAUUGCUCAGCCCCCUUUCAGCCCCCAGAACAGCAUUCUGUCUGGAAAUGCCCCACCAGGAGUUUCAGGCACUGCAAUCCAAGGUUCUCAGGCAAGUUAUCUUCCUGGUGUGGCCCCAGCAUCAAACAACACUCGACCAUCACCUCCUUACCGACCAGAUAAACAUCCAAGUCCAGCUGGGCAAUGCCAACCAGGAACACAACCUCACACACAAGGACAUCUUUUCAACUCACAAAAUACUCAAGCACCUGCAAUGUCUAGUCAGCUGUUCAAGGCCAUCACAUCCAACCAGCCACCCAGUAGCCUCAAUCUCCUAAUGCAGGCACAGGGAAAACCCUCACAGCUGCAACUAAACAAGACCACCACAGCUGGUAUGGGUCCAGAACCAUACUCUUUCAACAACACCAAGCCGUUACGUCAUUUUGACCCCAAUCCCUCUGUGACCAAACUGGGUCCUCUGACUGUGGGAGCAUACCGCAAUGCUAGCAUGCAGCCCACGACGCCCACAUCAGCCACAGGACAUGGACAUCUUUUGCCACAGCGUGUGCAAAGGGGGAUGCCUGCUGGUGGUAUCGUGCCUCACUGCAGAGAUGUGAGUACCAUUGCUUGCUUGUUAAACUUAUGUGUGGAAUGUCAUAUAUUACAAAACAUAUUUUCACAAAUGAUAUAA